UACUGUACUUAGGUACAAAGUAUAGUAAAGUGCAAAAGUACAAGUCAGAUAAAUAGUAUUACUUUCUAUACGCAACUACUAGAUUUACCCCCUUUUUGCCCUAUAUGAAAAGAUUUUCCCUAAAUCUCCCACACAUAUAGGUUAAAUUGUGCUAUGACAAAUAAUACUAAUCUACAAAUGAAUAUAAAUACCAAUGCCCGCAGACCUUAAGCUCAUUGAGCAUGCAUUCGAAUGAAUAUAUUACUCGUUAUCAACACUAUCAGGAGCCAACCGACAUAAACGAGUGGGAGACUAUCGCCUCCCACCCUACUGUGUCACUCACUACGCGACUGCUAUUAACUGCUCACAUUUUAAACUUUAAUUAUUAAACAAUCCAGUGGCAUAGAGCACAAUCCUGUGUAACGUAAACAAAAAGUAUAAUAACACCAAAAAUUAAUAUUUUUUUCUAAAGUCAUAUAGACAAUCAAAUCAAAACAUCAACAACUGUGAAAUCAAAAUAAAUAAAUCAUAAAAUAUCACAACAAUAUACCAAUAAGUAUAAACAAAUCAAUAUGCAAACGAUAAGCGUCCAGCAACCAAUUAAUUUGAAAGUCGUGAGGUUCGAAUUAGAUUUUUCAGACUUAGUGAAUGAAAAUCCGAGCCCUGUAAGAAGGAAAUCCAAGAAAAUUAAGGUUCCGAAGAUCAACAACAAAAAGCAAUCUGCCAUACCGCCCCCGCCGUUGUUAAAGAAUACUUCUCAGAAACCAGGUGUUAAGGACUUGGUAGAAGAUUUACUUGAUCAAUUGUAUUCCAAACAAAGGGACUGGAGUGGGAUCGACUGUAGUCAAUCCACAUCAGCAUCGUUUACUUCUUGCCAAUCGAACUGUGGGGAAAAAACUGAAGCGAUAGAACGAAGUUAUUUGGAAGCUUUAGAAAUCAACGAACUUUGGGAGCAAAAAGUUGAAUGGGAAGAAAGACUUCAAGCAACGGGAGAGAGACUUGCGAAAUGCGUUCGAAUUCGAGACCGUCUGCGGCGGCAACAGAAUAGAAUCUGCGCGGCUUUCACCGUUCUUUUACGUCAUAUUACAGGCGAAAGUGGUGCUCGUUUCGGAGUGACGCCGGGCGGAGGCGAAGGCCCGGGCGAGGGCGGUUACGCGGAGUGGCUGCAUGCGAUGCGCCUGGUCGCGCGCCUCCCCGCCGGCGUACCUCAACAUUUUCGCAGAAAGCUAUGGCUGACGUUGGCGGAGCGUCAUUUGACAGCGAGGGGUAUAGACUGGCCGUCUGCAGAGCGCGCUUGCUUCCGCGGGACCGCACAACCCGAUGACACCGAGCUUGGCGCGCAAAUACUCAAAGAUUUACAUCGCACUGGGUGCUCUCUGUUCUGCGGUGCAGAAGGGCGGGAAAAUCAGGCGAUGCUUCGAAGAGUGCUCUUAGCGUAUGCGAGGUGGAAUAAGGAUGUCGGAUACUGCCAAGGUUUCAAUAUGUUAGCAGCCAUCAUACUAGAAGUUAUGGACAAAUCGGAAUCGGACUCGCUAAAGGUAAUGAUAUACUUGGUGGAGGCUGUGCUUCCUGAGGGUUACUUCGCAGAUGACCUUCGCGGCUUGUCCGCAGACAUGGCGGCAUUCAGGGAUCUCCUUCGGCUGCGCUUGCCUCGGUUAGCGCAACACAUGGACCAUUUGCAAAGGAUAUCUGAUGGUGGUGGUGUUGAACCGCCUCUACCUGAUGUAUUUACCAUGCAAUGGUUCCUUACAUUGUACGCCACAUGGCUACCCAGGGAAUUCCUCUUGAGGAUAUGGGAUUUGGUACUCUUGGAUGGCAAUGAAGUGCUACUACUUACCGCGCUGGCUAUAUGGGAUAUGCUUCAAGACCGUAUUCUGUCGGCCCGGUCUGCGGAUGAGUUCUACAGUUGCAUGGGUGGUGGCGCCGGUGCUGUAUGGGAGGCUGGCGACUCUUUAGUAGCGAGGGUCGUGGCUUUCGGCUCUGCACCGGAGCUGCCCCGACUUCGCAGCCUUCAUAGAUAUCGUGUGGCCCCACCAGCACCACCCACUUCAGCUCCCAUAUAUCACCCACCUUUACACUCUGCAAUGCAGUCAAUGACAAAACGUGGUCUGCGUCUGUUUUAUUCAGAAGAUGAAGGGGACUCUAGUGAUGAUGGCAACAAAAUGGCUUUGGCCACGUUCGUACCUCGACGAGAAGAUCGUUUAGCAGCAGGAGAUAGAUUGUCUUUGGAUAUCGGUGCAUUGAAACGGCAGUACGCUCGCCUAAGAGAACGACAAAGACAAGCACAUGUAAUACUAGCCGCAGCUUGUGCUCGACACGCUGCAGUGGGUGUACCUACCUCCCCGACGUCACUUACAGUUAAUAACCUUCUUCUGGGCAAGAGUGCAUUAGUUAGCUCCAGAGGAAGAAGACUUGGUCCGCCCCCAGGAGCAAUACCACCAUCACGACAAACGUCGACUCGUGACAAAUCAGAGCCACGCUCACGACAGUCAAGUGACACUAUCAGUUGGAAUGAAGAAAAAAGCCGUAAGACCCUUAGCAGGAGAAAUUCUGUAAAAUGGAAAGAUAUAAAGAAAGAUAAAGUGAAACAAAAAGAAAGGAAAGCUUCCAUUGAUUUAGAUGAAGCUGGUGAUGGAAUUAUUGUUUCUGAAAUUGAAGCUAACCGAAUGAUAGCUACUGUGAGGUCUCGUAGCUCCAGUGAAACAUCUUCUUAUUCGUCACACAGUGCUUCAAGUACAGAUACGAGUUUGUGUGAUGAAAACGAAAGAGGCAGUGAUUCCGAACCAGAUAUGCCGAAUGAUGAAAAAGAUAAGAGUAACUUGAAUGCCAAGUAUAAGAAUAUUUCGUCUCCACCAACUUCUAAACCAAGCAAAAGUAGUCAUUCCCUAACUAAAAAACCUGUUCUAUUACAUACUCCUGACAAGGAAACAACAAUGAUAUUGGAUGACAAACCUAUCAAAAAUAUAUCUGAAUAUUUAGAUUCUGCGGCAGGUGAGCCGCUCCGAACUUACAUUGAUGGAUUUGAAAGCAAGAUAAAGGACAGUUUAAAAAUUACUAAUGAUAUCCCUGUUUUCAAUCCAACCAGUAUAUCUCCAUGUUCUCCACGUAUGACCUCUGAAAGAAAUGAAGUAUUACAAAGACUUAAUAGAACAAAAUAUGAAGAAAACUCCACAAGUAGAGAAAUCACAAGGCCUACAAGUUUUACAAAGUCACCAAAUGUCUUUACCGAACUCAGUCCCAUUGAUUUAUCGCCGUGUAAUUGUAGCGUGGGCCCUAAGUCUCCUUAUGAGUAUGAUUUUGAAAAAAACUUUAAAAGACCACCGUUAGGCGAGCCUGUAUCGAGACCACCCGAUAUCAUCGAUAGUUUCACGAUGUAUCCAAAUUUUGUGCCUGACAUAGAUUUAUCAGAUAAGAAUAUAUCUGACUUUGAAAGUCCCCCAGGAAGUCCCGGCAGUGAAAGUAUCAUAGUGAGUGAAGACGAACCGCCAAUACCUUUAAAAAUUGAUAAAUACUUUGAACAUAGUCCAGAAUUUUUUGGUGCGCGAGUUACGGAUCCUAAUAGUGCAGACAUUCCAAAUCGGCGAUCUACAAAAAGGUUAUCACGUCUACCAAAGAAGCCAGACUCAUUAACAUUACAAGGUAACCAUAACGACAAACUCAUAAAAGAAGAAGCAGAGAGAGCAUCAUCGCUACCGCAAAGUCACAGUUUUGCAAAGAAAAUUUGUGAGGAGUAUAAAGAACCAGACUUUAUUGCUGUUCAAAAACGAGAAACUCCAGAAACAAGCAAAGAAGAGAGAGACAUUUUUUCUCCUAAAGAUUACAUUCUACAAACUGGACGGAAAAAUAGUGAAAGAGCCUUACAAAUAAUUCAAGAAAACUCCAAAAUUCUAAGUAGAAUCUUAACAAAACAAAACAUGGUCGAAGUAAAGAGUCCUACAAAAUAUCAAGUCACAAAAAGUGAUGAGAAUGUUCUCGAGAAACAACGAAAUAGUUAUUCUAAGACAGUUCCUGAAAAAACUGUUGAGAGUAAGCUCAUUGAGUCGCCUUUACUAAAAGAAUCUACCUCGGAUUCAUUAAUAGGCUAUAGAAAAAGAAAUGUCAAUGUAGGAUCAACUGAAAAUAACGAUUUUGUGCGGAUUCGACCUAUUUCUAUUGAUGACCCCUUUUCUUUAGAAAUUCGAAACUCGACAACAAGAGAAGAGGAAUUUUCAAUAAAACACACAAAAAGUCCAAGUAGUGAAUGUUUAGGUAAUAAGACCGAUUUAUAUGGGUGGGAAAAUAAAGGGUUUUUAGCAAAAUGUGAUCAUAAAAGUUUUCUAGAGAAAAGUGAAAAUUUUGAUUUCGAUUAUCAAAGGAAAACCAGUGAUUUGUCAAGUUACGGUGACUUAUCAAAUAAAGACCUUAAGCCUGCAACUACAUCUGACUGGACUCGACAUUCUUUUUCGGGCGAGUCCAAAGCGUCAGUUACUUUGCCGUCUUCGGAACCAAAAGAUACGUCAACAUACGAGAAGCGAUUUACUUCCGAUGACUAUAACUAUCAAUUUUCAAGCAAAUAUAACGACUUUGUGUUGUCUAAAGCUAGUGAUAUUUGUAGCAAAACGGUUAACCAAGGACCGAAAGUUUGCGAAAAUGUAUCUAAGACUGAUAACAGCCAAGUUAGUGACUUUGCUCAUGUUGUGACCUCUUCUAUUAGUUUCACGUAUGAACCAUCAGCAGAGGACGACUCGCCGACUGGAGCCAAGAGUAACUCUAGUGAUACUUUAUGUCAAAUCACUUCACUAGAUCAAGUAUCCACUCCGAUAUCACCUAAGAUAUUCCCCAACAGAGAAACUCCCACUAUUCCUAAAGACUAUACAGAAAAGAGUGAUAGAACAAAAGUAGAGUCAGACGAUACUUGCAGUGCUAUCACGUCGCUCAUUGAAACAGAUACGUUGUCCUCGUUGUCUUACCCACGCAGUCCUUCAACAGGCUCCUACCACCCCUUCCCCACACGUCCUGUACUUCGCAUGCCCAAAGAGUUAGGAGUAAGACUGGGCAUGUACCCUAAAGAUGUAAUCAAUUCUCCACCAAAGUAAGAAUAAUUAAUCAAGUUAUGUAUUAAAGACACUAUUUCUAAGGUUGUUUUGUCUCGAAUUAUCCAAGAUCAAUUUUAAUAUGUAC